AACAGUACCAAUCUUUAAGCUGCCGUACAAUCUCCGAUUCAGUGAUCAUCGAAACUUCAACGGAACCGCGCGUACUAUUUUGCCAAGUUCAAUUCUAUCCAAUCUCGAAAAUACGGCAUUUAUCGCAACUUAAGCGCAUUUACUGUCCGACAACAACGACAAGUGCAACGUGAUAAAAAGAAUAAGAAAUCGCAGGCACACAUGUUCUCAAAGAACUUGUGCUCGUUUUUUUGCAAAAAAAAAAUUUACUUCGUGUUGAAGAAAAGAGAAUCAAUACUUUUGUCAAUACUUGAACAGCCGAAUAAAAUUAUUUCCAUUUGGAAUUGAGCCAUCAAUAACGUUGUUGUUGUCGCGUUCGCUUGUCGAUUUUAUUGUUUUUUUUUAUAUCUUCUUUUUGACUAUCCAACAAGCGAAUCAUAUUUUUUUUAUCCAAAAUAUCGAGAAUAUUGACGUUGACGAAUAGAAUUAACUUAUUUCACACGCCGAUUGACAGAAGAAGAAUAAACAGUAACAAACUAAACUAUAAAUGAUGUGAUCAAUCUAUGCUUGUGUCUGCGCGAAUGUGUCUCAUGUUUUUAAAUAUAUAGUAUAUUUCGGUCUUUCUAUAAAUUAAUUCAAAAAAUAAACAGAGUCGUGCAAAGUGAUAGCCAACUUCAAUCAAGAGAUAACGGUCAGUGAUUUUGAAUUUUCUUUUGCGCUCAUUUGUUCACUGUCUUCAUCAAACUCGACUCACCAAAGCGAGUGAGAAGAGAUAAAAGACACAGAAAUCUAUUUUAUGGCAAAAAAUAAAAUGUUUGGUAAAUGUUACAGCAUCGGAUAGUAUCUCUUUCGAAACAUUAAACUAUUCAUUACACAUAUAAAUAAUUUUAUGACAACGAAAGGACAUGAACAUAUGUGAAAAAGAUUGCACACAUUAUUACAUUACACUUAUACACUUUCACACGAAGCGUUGAAAAUUCAAACGUUUUUCAAACACCAAAGUCAAAACAGAGAUAUACAGAGAGAAAGAGAGAGUGGGAGAGAGUGCGAGCAAAUAAAAAUCAACAACGAUGAAACACUUUUAACCAUUAAAAUAGACAUAACAUUCGACCAAAACAUUGUGAUUGAAAAUCAAGAGAAAACAAGAUAUAGAAUCAGUGAAACGAACAGAGAGAGUGAGAGUAAUGUGCACACCAUAUGCCACAUUGAACACGAAAAAUAUUUCGCAUUUUUUAUGGUUAAUAAUUUGUUCGGUCGUUUUUUGGAACAUUGGUCCUAUCAAGCUUACAUUUGAGAUUUUGAAAAUCGAAACCAAGUUUAGUGGGCAAACGGGAGUUGAAGAGAGAGAAUUUAAGUGAGCAUAACAUGGUGCAUUUAUUUGACGACCAAAACAAAAAAAAACUAUAAAAACAUAUUUGGAUAGAGUUAGACUCAAGAAUACAAGAAUAGCAUGCAACAAGAGAACUUAAUGUUCGUCACAAUUUUUGUUUGCUCUCAAACGAUGCACAAUAAAUAGAAAUUGAGACCGAAGAAGACCACAAAUAUAGAGAUACGGUGAAUCCCGAAAAGAGUAAAAAAGAAACACUGCAGUGAGAUAGAGAGAGAGUCAACGGAGACAAAAUAAAGUACCCACAUAAUAAACUUUGAGUGCAAAAUUCAAUUAUGCGUGUUGCGUGUUAAUUUGGUGUAAGUGAAUGUCAUUGAUGGCAUUGUGGUUGUAUAUUUUAUGUAUAGAAAAGACAAAAAGAAAAAAACAAAAUUGAAAUCAUAAAAUUGCGCUAUGAUAGUUCAGUGACCAAAACUAAUUGAAUCAAAGCAUGAAACAAUAGCAGAGAAAAGUUGAGAAGCAUCACGUACAUUAUUUGUAGAUAAAUACGUUCUAACGAUCCUCUUACCAAAGCCGUGUAAAUUACAAUAUAGAUGGAGAAAGACAAAACGAGAGAGAGAGAGCGAGAGAUUAAAUAUAAAAUUGUACCACAUUUACAAAAGUGUCUAAGCGGCGUGUAAUGGACUUUUUAGUUUCGGCGAAAAUCGAAUAAAUUCUGAUUAGACUGUUUUUGAUACGAGCAACAAGCGAGAUAGAAAUGACUUCAAACAGCCUAAUUUAAAUGUUAUUGAUGCUUGUACACAAAGUGAAUACGAAACGAUUAACAGCGCCUGUGUAACUUAAACAAGUUCAAUUUAUCCAUUCAACGAAACGGCUUGAAGCAAACGACAGCAACACAACCAUCCAGUUCAUCUUUUUCCAAUCACCAUUCACCGUCAACACAUUCAGCCAAACAACAAACAGAAGCAAGCAUCACCAAGAUUCAUUCAACAAAAUCCAAAAAAAUGACAGUAUGCUGACGUUUAUGGCACUAGAUUUUAUUGGUUUGAGUAACUUUGCACAUUAAGCCUAUUUAGUUUCGGACUUUCAACCAAAUCAUUUAUAAGAACGGGCGAUUUUCCAAACGAAAAACUUAAACUAAAGAGAUAGAAAUACACUAAAACGGCGACAUUUGAAUAGUUGGACACUAAAACAGACAAACUUCAAUAAUAACAUACAAAGGCAACAGCAGUGAAUUGAAUUUAUUUUGCAUCACAUACCAUUCGGUAGAUUGUUAUAAUAUUCUCUAUAUGAAGUACACCAUCAUCAACAAUGAGCGUAUCCACAGAUAAUAGUACGGUUGUUUAUUGCGGCCAAGGAUUAGAUGAUUUUCAUACGCGAUAUCAUUCCAUUCAUGGAUACUUGAGUUUAACGGUUUGCAUUUUGGGAUGCAUUAUGAAUGUUGUGAAUGUGGUGGUUUUGACGCGCCGUGAAAUACGUUCGCCAACCAAUGCCAUUUUAACUGGUCUCGCUGUUGCGGAUUUUUUGGUAAUGAUCGAUUAUAUACCGUAUUCGUGGUUUGACUACAUACUACCGAACAUGAAUUAUACACGUAAAACAUUGUUCUCGUAUUCAACUGCUUGGUUCAUCAUGUUUCAUUCGAUAUUCGCGCAAAUUUGUCAUACAAUUUCGAUUUGGUUGACGGUUACGUUGGCCGUAUGGCGAUAUAUAGCGGUUGCAUAUCCACAUCGAAAUCGUAUUUGGUGUAAUAUGCGUACAACACUCAUAACAAUUGCCAGUGCCUAUAUUGUUUGUCCAUUUGCUGCCAUUCCAUUGUAUUUAGUAACGGCCAUUCAAUCCAGCAUUGAAAUUCUCGAUAACAAUGGUCAAAUUUAUAAGGGGAAUAGUAGCAGUAGCAAUAUUAGCAACGCUUCGAUAUCACUGUUACCAGUUGGCUUCAAAAAUGUCACCGUCUACAAAGUUCAAUUUAGCGAUAUUGCCCGGAACAAUCCAUCACUUAUCACAUUCAAUCUUUGGAUGUAUAGUAUAUUAAUUAAGUUGAUACCGUGCUUUGCGUUAACCAUAUUAUCGUUACGUUUGAUUGGUGCAUUGCUUGAGGCAAAACGACGUCGUAAACAAUUGAUGAAUUCGAAUGGUAUGCAAAUGUUGAGUAAUGGCAAGGCAAUCGAUGGUGGAGGCGCCGGCAGUGGCCAACAAACAAAUCGCCGAAAUACAAAAUCGCUUGAAAAAGAAAAACAAACCGAUCGCACCACACGGAUGUUGCUUGCUGUUUUAUUAUUGUUUCUCAUCACCGAAUUUCCACAGGGUAUUUUAGGUUUGUUGAGUGUCAUACUUGGACCCGCUUUCUACUUACAAUGCUAUUUGAAAUUGGUCACACAUCAUAAUAGCAUUUGUAUUUGUAUACAUGUAUUUAUUUUUAUCAUCAAGCGACGACUCGAUAAGUAA